GGCAUUUUUAACGUGUCUUGAUGCAAGUCUGCUUUAGUAUUUAUGUAUAUUAAGCUGUGUAUUUGAAGGGAACCAUCUGGGUAGAGAAAUAGAUGGCGAGUGGCAGAACCUUCCCCUCUCGGUUUCCAUUUCGGGGCUGGGCCUGAUUAGCGGAGGCAGAAGUUGGGAAAGUUGCUGUGUGGCUCGUUCUGGCUUGCAGGUGGUGCUUUCCCCACACCUGAUGUGAAUUCCUACCCUGAGACGAGACAGCUGGAGCUGGGAUGGGGGAAAAGGGAGCUGACAGGCUGUGCUGAGCACAGAGAGUGUCAGCACAGGGAAGGAGAAUGCUCUUUUCUUUUCCUUUUUUAAAUGGCCAUUUCUCUUAACCCUUUGUGGUCUGGCUCCUGUGGGGAUGGUGCCUCUGCUCUUGGGGGUGGGAAGAGUGGGGCCUGAAAUGGGUGAACCUCAAAAUGAAGGGCUGUGGGUGAGGACAGACCAGAGUUGGGGUAAAGAGAUGAACAUCUCCCUAAAAAGAAUCAUCUGUGCAAGGCUGGUUAUAAGUGGGGGGUUUGGAGCAGCUGCCUCCAGCUCUGAGAAGGACAGAGGCAGAGAUGCUGCUGCUGCUGCAAGUUUCUUGCUGGAGGUUUCUUUUGCAAGCUGUGCAAGGCAAAUGAGCCAAGGAGUCAUGUGGGCUGGCAAAGGCCUGGACACCUCGAUGCCAAGGAGCACUCAGCAAUCUGGGCGAGGAUGGAGGAUGGUUUGAGGGACCUGGUCUUCAGGGAGCUCAUCAGAGGAGCAGCAAGGCAGAGUUAUGUCAUGCCCAGACCACCAAAGGGCUCCAUGAGGAUUUAUGGAAGAUGCCCCGUGUCUUGGCGCCUCUGGUGCUCCUUCUGCUGUGGCUGAUGAGGAUCUCUGCCAGCCCCCAUUCCCUGAGGAUUGCUGCCAUCCUGGAUGACCCCAUGGAGUGCAGCAGAGGGGAGAGGCUCUCCAUCACCCUGGCCAAGAACCGCAUCAACCGCGCGCCCGAGCGGGCGGGGAAAGCCAAGGUGGAGGUGGACAUCUUCGAGCUGCUGCGGGACAGCGAGUACGAGACUGCAGAAACCAUGUGCCAGAUUCUCCCCAAAGGAGUGGUUGGAGUCCUGGGACCUUCCUCAAGCCCAGCUUCGAGCUCUAUUAUCAGCAAUAUCUGUGGGGAGAAGGAGGUUCCUCACUUCAAAGUGGCACCCGAGGAGUUCCUGAAGCUGCAGCUCCAGCGCUUCACCACCCUCAACCUCCACCCCAGCAACACCGACAUCAGCGUGGCCGUGGCAGGGAUCCUGAAUUUCUUUAACUGCACCACUGCCUGCCUCAUCUGUGCCAAAGCUGAAUGCCUUUUAAACCUGGAGAAGUUGCUCCGGCAGUUCCUCAUUUCCAAGGACACCCUCUCGGUGCGGAUGCUGGAUGACAGCCGGGAUCCCACCCCUCUCCUGAAGGAGAUCAGGGAUGACAAGACAGCCACAAUCAUUGUCCAUGCCAACGCUUCCAUGUCCCACACCAUCCUGCAGAAGGCAGCUGAGCUGGGAAUGGCGUCUGCCUAUUACACCUAUAUCUUCACUAAUCUGGAGUUUUCCCUCCAACGCCUGGACAGCCUGUUGGACGACAGAGUCAACAUCCUGGGAUUUUCCAUUUUCAACCAGUCUCAUGCCUUCUUCCAAGAGUUUGUCCAGAGCCUCAACCAGUCCUGGCAGGAGAACUGUGAUCAUGCUCCCUUCACUGGGCCAGCACUCUCCUCUGCCCUGCUCUUUGACGCCGUGUACGCCGUGGUGACGGCCGUGCAGGAGCUCAACCGCAGCCAGGAGAUCGGGGUGAAGCCCCUGUCCUGCGGCUCUGCCCAGAUCUGGCAGCACGGCACCAGCCUCAUGAACUACCUGAGAAUGGUAGAAUUGGAAGGUCUCACCGGCCACAUCGAAUUCAACAGCAAAGGCCAACGGUCCAACUACGCCCUGAAGAUCCUGCAGCACACCCGUGGUGGGUUCCGGCAGAUUGGCCACUGGCACGUGUCUGAAGGACUCAGCAUGGACAACAGGAUCUUCUCCUCCAACAUAUCAGACAGUCUGUUCAACACCACGCUCAUUGUCACCACCAUCCUGGAAAACCCUUACUUAAUGCUGAAGUGGAACCACCAGGAGCUGGAGGGCAACGACCGCUACGAGGGCUUCUGCGUGGACAUGCUGAAGGAGCUGGCAGAGAUCCUGCGCUUCAACUACAAGAUCCACCUGGUGGGGGACGGCGUUUACGGGGUCCCCGAGGCCAACGGCACGUGGACAGGGAUGGUUGGAGAGCUCAUUGCCCGGAAAGCCGACUUGGCCGUGGCGGGGCUGACGAUCACGGCGGAGCGGGAAAAGGUGAUUGAUUUCUCUAAGCCCUUCAUGACUCUGGGAAUUAGCAUUCUCUACAGAGUUCAUAUGGGCCGCAAACCCGGCUACUUUUCCUUCCUGGAUCCCUUUUCUCCCGGAGUGUGGCUCUUCAUGCUGCUCGCCUACCUGGCCGUGAGCUGCGUCCUCUUCCUGGUGGCUCGGUUGACACCAUACGAGUGGUACAGCCCCCACCCCUGCUCCCAAGGCCGCUGCAAUCUCCUGGUGAACCAGUACUCUCUGGGCAACAGCCUGUGGUUUCCAGUGGGGGGGUUCAUGCAGCAAGGCUCCACCAUUGCCCCCCAGGCACUGUCCACGCGCUGUGUCAGCGGAGUCUGGUGGGCGUUCACCUUGAUCAUCAUCUCCUCCUACACGGCCAACCUGGCCGCCUUCCUCACGGUGCAGCGCAUGGACGUGCCCAUCGAGUCCGUGGAUGACCUGGCUGACCAGACCACCAUCGAGUACGGCACCAUCCACGGCGGCUCCAGCAUGACCUUCUUCCAAAACUCCCGCUACCAGACCUACCAGAGGAUGUGGAACUACAUGUACUCCAAGCAGCCCAGCGUCUUCGUGAAGAGCACGGAGGAGGGGAUCGCGCGCGUGCUGAACUCCAACUACGCCUUCCUGCUGGAGUCCACCAUGAACGAGUAUUACCGUCAGCGCAAUUGCAACCUCACGCAGGUCGGGGGCCUUCUGGACACCAAGGGCUACGGGAUUGGCAUGCCCGUCGGCUCUGUGUUCCGAGAUGAGUUCGACCUGGCCAUCCUCCAGCUGCAGGAGAACAACCGCCUGGAAAUCCUCAAGCGCAAGUGGUGGGAAGGAGGGAAGUGCCCCAAAGAGGAGGACCACAGAGCCAAAGGCCUGGGGAUGGAGAAUAUUGGUGGAAUCUUCGUGGUGCUCAUCUGCGGCUUGAUCGUAGCAAUCUUCAUGGCAAUGCUGGAAUUUUUGUGGAGCCUUCGACACUCUGAGCAGUCAGAGGUGUCGGUGUGCCAAGAGAUGGUGACGGAGCUGCGCAACAUCAUCCUGUGCAAGGACAGUUUCCACCCCCGCCGGAGGCGAGGGGGCCCGGUACGGACUCGCCCCGUUAUCCCGGAGGAGCGCCGAGCCCGCAGCACGACCACGCUCAGCAACGGGAAGCUGUGCAGCGGCGGGGAGCCAGACCCCCUGGCGCAGAGACUGGCACAAGAAGCCGCCCUGGUCGCCCGGGGGUGCACCCACAUCCGGGUGUGCCCCGAGUGCCGCCGCUUCCAGGGGCUGCGGGCGCGGCCGGCCGCGGGAUCCCCCGCGCGGAGCGAGGAGAGCCUGGAGUGGGACAAGGCCACCAACAGCAGCGAGCCCGAGUAACGCCCGGGGGUGGGGGGGGCUGGGGGCGCAGGGGCGGGGGCGAGAGGGUCCUGUUCCAUUUUACAGAACACGGACUUGUACAAU